CUGCCCCUGCACAUGCAGUUAACCCACUGUUCCUAGGCCAUCAUUGAAAAUAAGAAUUUGCUCUUAACUGAUCUUUUCUAGUUAAAUAAAGGUUAAAUAAAGGUAAAAUAAAAUAAAUACAAAAAUGUUCCUCUGCUAAAGUGAGUUCCUCGAAAUGUCUGUGUAGUCUGGGCUUGUCAGAUGCUGAAGGAUCGUGGUCAUAAUGCUGUUAUCUCCCAUUGACUCUAAUGGUUGACAUGUGUAGUAUCUGGGAUCUACAUCUGUUUAUAUUAGUUACUGUGCUGUUACUAAGCAGUAAUGCAUUACGGCAGUGUUACGUUACUACACCUAAUAGGAAAUGCACAUGUGCACUGGAAUGCCGCGAACUGUAGAGCACGAGGGGUUUUUGACUAAACGACAACUAACUGUACUCCCGUCUCCUGCCUGGUCAUUUCUCCACAACACAAAUAUUACAGUGGCGACGAGGUGAUUAAACUACAUAAACGGACAUUGCUUGAAGGGAAGAAUGUUGCGUGAGUAAUGAAACUCAAAAUAAUUGUGUAAUUCGUCAGUUAUUUUUUUAUUUUCUUUCGCCAGUAGAGAAGGCUAAGCACUGCUAGCACUGCUAGUACAUUAUUCAGGAGCUGCCAAGUAGCAAGACUAUUGGAUUCCAGAAUAGCGACACUGCCCUCUGGUGGUUAAAUAUAGAAACUGUCAUUGAACCCAUUGAAAUUAGGCAAUCUCAGUGGAGAAAUAUUGUCAAGAAGAAAAAAAAGGAAGAAGGGACGUGACAUGGUGUGUACAUUAAUACAAAUGAGUGCAGUGAAUGAAGUAAUUGCAGAAAUUUCUGAAGUGAAGAAGUAGAUGAAUAUUCAGAAAAUUAAGGAAUAUAAGGAAACUGAACAAUUAACUGUGAAAAUGGCAACCAUUGGUCGAGUACCAGAGUUUGAGGCUACAAAAGAGGAUUUUGAUUCCUAUUUGGAGCGUUUUGAGCGUUGGCUGGCUGCAAAUGAAAUCAAAGAUGGAAAGAAACCAGAUUUCUCAGUGUUUUGGGUCCAACUGAGUAUGGAUUGCUGAAAGGUCUCAUUGAACUAAUGAAAGCAGUGGAGUUGAACUAUGCAGAACUGGCUGAAACUCUUUCAAGGUAUUUCAAGCCUAAGCCAAUUCUCAUUGCAGAACGUUUCAGAUUUUACCAACCACCAGAGUCAAGGGGAAACCGUGGCUGACUACAUCCUUGCUUUGAAAAGGCUGGCAAGUACAUGUGAGUUUGCACGAUUUCUUGAUGAUGCUCUCCGAGACAAGUUUGUAUGUGGUCUCACAGAUGAAGCAUAUCACAGAAGGCUCCUGUCAGAGAAGGACCUGACCUUUAAGAAAGCCUGUGAUAUAGCACUUGGACUCGAGCUUGCCCACAGGGAUACUAUUGAGCUAUCGGGACAUGCAGAACGUCAGAAAUGUGUUCACAAGGUCAGUGAUGCACGUGGUGAAAAAAGCUCACAAAAGUCAGACUUUUUUCAGUCCCGUCCUCAAGGUUACACAAGAACAAAGCAGCCCACAUCUCAAAGGUCUAAGCCAAGUUGCUACAGAUGUGGGGAAGAUAAUCAUCAGCACAGUGAAUGUCGAUUCCAAAAGGAAAAGUGCCACAAUUGUGGAAAGGUUGGACAUUUACAGAGAGUGUGUAAAGCCUCGAAACGCAUGGCAAGAGCGCACAAAGUGUCAGACGCACCGCACCACAAGACGAGGAAGGUACAACUGAAACAGUAUUGGAACUGUUCACAGUGUACAUGGCUCAACAACUAAAAGAUGGAAUCUAUCUCCACAUGGAGUUAGCGGGAAAACCAGUAAAAAUGCAGCUGGACACCGGAGCGUCUGUAUCUCUGGUUCCAGAGAGACUCUACAAUGAAAAACUGAAAGAGUGCCCUCUUCAGCCCGCGUCCAUCCGCCUUUCUUCAUACACUGGUGUCACUAUUCCUGUGUUAGGGCAGAUCCAGGUACCAGUCCGGUAUGAGGGGAAGGAGUGGACGCUACCGCUUGUCAUUGUUAAAGGAGAAAAAUCAGCCUUGCUAGGCAUAAACUGGCUACAAAAGAUCAAGUUGAACUGGGGAGAAAUCUUCAGUCUGAGAAAUGACAAACCAGUGAGUCAGGCUACACUCACUAACAUGCUGGAGAAGCACAAAUAACUUUUCAAAGAUGGCUACGGUGAAAUACAAGACUUCACAGCAAAAGUCAGAGUGCAAGAAGGAACCAAGCCUAUCUUUAAGCAAACCACGUCCAGUUCCCUAUGCUCUUAAGGAAGCAGUAGAGAAGGAACUGGACCACCUACAGAAGAAUAACAUAAUAACAACAGUAGCGAGGAGCGACUGGGCCGCUCCGAUUGUUGUAGUCCCAAAGAAAGACAAGACCGUCAGAAUGUGCGGUGACUACAAGGUCACAGUAAAUCGCUGCAUACUACCAGAGGAAUAUCCACUACCAAACACUGAAGAUCUGUUUGCCACUCUGGUGGGAAGGUUUUCAGUAAGCUGGACCUGGCAUUCGCUUAUCAGCAACUGAAGCUGGAUCCGGAGUCAGAACAGUAUCUGACCAUCAAUACACACAAGGGCCUAUUCAGAUUCAAUCGCUUGGCCUAUAGAAUCUCGACAGCUCCAGCGAUAUUCCAACAAACAAUGGAUCAGAUCUUGGACGGUAUAGACCAUGUUGUGUGCUUCAUGGACGACAUCCUCGUGUCAGCACCAACCAUUGGAGAGCACCUUGUAGUGCUGGACAAAGUGAUGUCAAGACUGGAGAAAUACGGAGUGAGAAUGAAACGCAGCAAGUGUGAGUUCCUCCAGGACUCAGUGGAGUAUCUCGGAUACAAGAUUGAUGCACAAGGCCUGCACCCAACCAACAGAAAGGUGGAAGCAAUCGUAAACGCUCCAGCACCCACAAAUAUCUCAGAGCUGAGGUCAUUUUUGGGGCUCCUGAACUAUUACGGAAAGUUUGUGGCAAACUUGUCCACAUUGUUGCAUCCGCUUCACCAACUGCUGCAGGCCGAUACAAAGUGGAAUUGGUCCCUACAAUGCGAAGAAGCAUUCAAGACAUGCAAACAGCGUCUGCUAAAGAGCAAGUGGCUUGCCCACUACAACACAGAGAUGAAGCUUAGACUCGCGUGUGAUGCAUCUCCAUACGUAGGAGCUGUCAUCUCACAUGUUCUACCGUCAGGUGAAGAACAUCCUAUUGCAUUUGCAUCACGGACUCUGUCACCAAGUGAGAAAAAUUAUGCUCAAAUUGAGAAGGAAGCCCUGAGCAUAAUAUUCGGAGUGAAGAAGUUUCACAAAUACCUCUACGGAAGGAAGUUCCAACUGCUGACAGAUCACAAGCCUCUGUUGGCCAUCCUUGGACCAGCUAUACCAACCCUUGCUGCACUUCGAAUGCAACGUUGGGCUCUGAUAUUGUUAGCCUACGACUACGAGAUUGAGUACAGACGAUCCAGUGAUCACGCAAAUGCCGAUGCAAUAUCAAGACUACCAUGCAAUAGUGACUCCGACAGUGAAGAUGAUAGAGCAGUAUUCCAGAUCUCUCUCAUUGAUGACCUGCCUAUAUCUGCUUCUGACAUAGCAGAGGAAACAAGGAAAGACCCAGUGCUUUCCAAAGUCUUGGACUUAACAUUAGGCGGUUGGCCAACCUUCGUAAAUGACGAUAACCUUCGUCCAUUCAUCGACAAGAAAGAACAGUUGUCCACUGAUCAAGGGUGUGUUCUGUGGGGAUCAAGGGUGGUGGUACCUCACAAAUUCCAGAGGAGACUGCUAUCUGACCUGCAUGAGGGACAUCCAGGGAUCACUCGAAUGAAAGCACUAACUCGCAGUUAUCUGUGGUGGCCUGGACUGGAUCAGGACAUUCAACAGCAUGUAGGCCACUGCUCACAUUGUGAAGCUGUUCGCAACAAGCCUGCUGCUGCACCUCUUCAUCAAUGGUCCUGGGCUGCUACACCUCUUCAUCCAUGGUCCUGGGCUGCUGCACCUCUUCAUUCAUGGUCCUGGGCUGCUACACCUUGGGAACGCAUCCAUGUGGAUUACGCCGAAAUUGACAAGCAACAUUUCCUUGUUGUCGUCGAUGUCCAUUCCAAGUGGAUGGAAGUGUUCCCUACUCAACUGACCACAGCUGAGAAGACCAUCAAUCUUCUCAGACACCUGUUUGCAUCCUUUGGACUAGUCAAGGAGCUCGUAUCGGACAAUGGCCCUCCGUUCACGUCAAACAAUUUAGAAAUUUUUCUCAAGAACAAUGGAGUAAGGCACAUCCUGUCACCACCUUACCAUCCGGCAUCAAACGGAGCAGCGGGGAGAGCCGUGCAAACCUUUAAGAAGGCCUGGACUAGACUCGAGGUUCAGUCUGUGCCCAUCCACCAAAGGCUUCCCCGGUUCCUGUUUUACUUACCGUAACACCCCACACACAGUAACGGAAUAGUUCACCAGCUGAACUGUUUCUGAAACGGACAGUAAAACAAACACUUUCGCCCUGAGGCUCGUCUCCCUGCGCCAGGCCUUCACUGUGAGUGGACCCACUUUUCUUUUUCUCUCUGUGACUUCUUGUUCUGUCUCCUAGAGGAAGAUGUCUCACCCUAACUAUUCCCUCUUCCCUGCUUGGUUCCACCCUGAGCAGGAACCAACUGUUUGUGGUAGGAAAGGUCCUCCUGGGCGCACUGGUUCAGGCCAACCACAUGGUAACUCGCUAACUCAUUCUCUUUCAAGGGAAAGAGAGCGUCCCUGAGGGGAAAUGUAUUCUGUUCAUUAAGAUGCUCUUUUCUUUGUCAUAGGACGAGGCCAAGUUCAUCCGUACCUAUAACGACUUUGUGGACUACCUGAGUUUUUUUAUUUGACCUUUAUUUAACCAGGCAAGUAAGUUAAGAACAAAUUCUUAUUUUCAAUAACGGCCUAGGAACAGUGGGUUAAAUGCCUGUUCAGGGGCAGAACGACAGAUUUGUACCUUGUCAGCUCGGGUUUUGAACUUGCAACCUUCCGGUUACUAGUCCAAUGCUCUAACCACUAGGCUACCCUGCCGCCCCCUCCAAGCGGAAUGACAUUGAGAGGGAGCUGGCUGAGGCAAAGAUCCAUCAUGUGAACAUGAUAGAUGUCCUCUUUGAGCUGGUGCUGUUUGGGAUGAUGACAGCUCAGAAGUCCCUGAUGGUGCACCCUGGUGGGUUCAUGGAGCAUCUGUACGCUCCUUCCUGCCCACUGCUGCCAACGUGGAGGCAGAGGCUGACAGGUACCUGCUGCUGCUCAAUGUAAGAGUCAAGAGGUUACUUCCUGUUUACUUCCAUAUUCAUGGUUAACCAGGUUCCUAUGCCAUUUUAGGGGGAGUAUUGUCUCUCUCCUCUUGAUAAGCUAGUAACUCAGAGCCAUUUUCUAUGUGUUGUGUUCUCUUCAGGGCGGGCUGAUGGCUCUGCUAGAUGAUAUGUUUGGCCAGCAGCUGGCCUGGUACUUUAACCCAGAGUCUCUGGUCACUGAGCUCU